AUGUCCAACUCGAAAACUCCUAUUCGUCCCAAAAACAGCCGACCUUUUACCCCUACAUCCUGUUCUGUAUUGCCAAAAAGUUACACAAAAACUCCAAAGACCCCCCUGCAAAAGACACCUAAUAAGAAUAAUUUUACAGCAAGAGACGCAGACAGAUUUAUUCCUAAUCGUCAGGCCACUGAUGUAGAGAGGGGCCAUUACUUCUUACUCCAAGAAAAUGCCAUCACGGAUGAAAAUGCAAAUAAUACAGACAUUGAGUACAAACAAGCUGUUGUUGAGAGCAUCUGUCCCAAUAACGGCCAGGGAGAUAAAAUCCUUGGUUUUAUUUCCAAACAGGCCCCUAGACCAGUUUUUGCCCCACUUCAUAAUGUGCCAAAUGCCCGUAAAAAAGCCGUUUCCCAGCGUUUCAUUCCAAAAAGUCCUCAAAAAAUACUUGACGCUCCUGCUUUGGUGGAUGAUUUCUAUUUGAAUAUAUUGGAUUGGUCUCUGGACAAUAAUCUAGCCAUCGCAUUAAAUAACGAAGUAUACGUAUGGAAUGCUGAAACUGGAGAUAUAAACUUUCUUAUGCAUACGGAUUUGGAAAGUGAUUAUGUAUCAAGCCUUAUCUGGUCCCGCGAUUCCCCUAGCGUCAUAUCUGUCGGAACUAGCUCAGGAAGUGUUCAGUUGUGGGAUAGUACCCAAUCUAAGCUAAUGAGGACGAUGAUCCCUUCAGGCUCAAAUGGUUUUUCGCGCAUUCCUGUGCAAGCUUGGCAUGACCAUAUCAUUUCUGCUGGAUCUAGGUCUGGAGGGAUAUCCCACCAUGAUAUCCGCAUUCCUUCACAUGAAAUAGGGUCGUGGGGGCUCCAUAUACAAGAAGUCUGCGGUCUUGCUUGGUCGCCUGAUGGUCGAAACUUGGCUUCCGGUGGCAAUGAUAAUACCCUAGCCAUAUGGUCUUCUGAUGAGAUCCCAAAGCGCACUAAUGCAAAACCUAUGCACACUUUGUUAAAUCACAAGGCCGCGGUCAAAGCUAUCGCGUGGUGCCCAUGGAAACCAACCUUGCUUUGCUCGGGGGGUGGCAGUGCGGAUCAUCAUUUAAGAUUUUGGAAUGCCGGCACUGGAAAUGCCCUACAGGCCUUUGACGUUGGAGCCCAGGUAUCAUUUCAAUCCACAUUUUCUACUCCAUACUACUAA